GUGCAGUCGGCGUUGGCGAGGACCGCGGCUCAUUGAGUUUCUCCGCAACACUGCCGACGCGACCGGCCCUUUUGAUCAAAGAAGAGAUAUGAACAGCACGACACCUCGAUGCUCAUUACACCUCUCGUCUUUCGCUUCAGAACAAAACCGAUUGAGAUACACUCGGAUCAUAAUUAUACUCACUCACGAUGUCCAACCAACAGGGCGCAAAGAUCACUGUCUACUGGCUCGAGAAGUCUCGCGCUCAGCGAGUGAUCUGGCUGCUCGAAGAACUGAAGCUCGAAUACAACAUCAAAGUCUUCAAGCGCGACAAAGAAGGUCGCGCUGGCCCAGAGCUCAAGAAAUUCCAUCCCUUGGGUCGCUCGCCUACGAUUGGUAUCAUGCCAGCCGGCUCUGAUGAGGAGAUCAUUGUCACCGAAUCCGAGACAAUUCUCGACUACAUAUGCGACCACUUCGGCCCCUCUCUAAUUCCUCGCCGCUACCCUGAGGGCAAAGACGGUGUCCUCGGCGCAGAAACCGAGUCCUGGAUGCGCCAUAAGUUCCUGAUGGACUACGCCGAAGGCUCCUUGCUCACGCCCCUGAUCGUGUCUUUAAUCACAUCUAGUAUCCGCUCUGCUCCCGUGCCCUUCUUUCUGCGCCCGAUCACCAACGGAAUCGCGAACAAGGUCGACGGGUCCUACACAACUCCCGAGCUCACCAACCACCUGGACUUCCUGGAGACGUACCUGAAAGAGUCCCCGAGCAAGGGAGAGUACUUCUGCAGCGAAAAGCUGACGUCGGCGGAUAUCAUGAUGCAUUUCGCUCUCGAGGCCGCGGUCAAGAAGAAGGCAUGUAAUGAGCAAGCCUAUCCGACGUUGUAUCGGUAUGUCAGAAAGCUGCAGGAGUUGGAUAGCUAUAAGCGCGCGGGGAUGAGUGUGGAGAAGGCGAGUGGGGAGAAGUUUGUGCCGUUCUCUGAGACUUGAGACGACGCGGUUCUUUGCGCUACGUGUUGUAUGAAGCGUGACCAACUCAGGAGUAUAGACAUGCAUGCCCAUUCUCGAUACUCAAUGAUGUCGACGAGCGCGAGAGAGAUACGGGGUUGAUGGCUGUUAAUUGUACCGAACUGAACGAUUUAAGGUCCCCUGAGCCAAUUGCCCCCACAGUACUCAACAAGAGUCUCUGCAGCACUCCUGUUUC